AUGGCGCCGGGCCGAGCAUUGCACCGAAACAGCAUAAGUAGUACCAAGAUCCCGGCUUCAGGCCAAAAUUCCGCAGUCUCAUUUGCCAUGAUGAAUACUCCGUCAAUUCUUGCUGCAGUUUGCCUACUUCUAAGCCCGCUCAGUAGUGCUUCGUCUGUAUCUAUGACGGAGAACAAGCAUGAGGUUGCAAGGCUGUCUUCAAGCUACUCAGUACCAAGUUGGCUCCCAUGUGGAAAUGCGACCUCCGAUCUAGACAAAAUCCAGUCUCGCGGCUACUUAAAAGUUGGCACAACUGGUGAUUACAAGCCGUUCUCGUACAAGGUGAACAACCGAACACUUCUACCCGCCAUUCCAGACAUAAACACGACUUACAUUGGCGCGGAUAUCGACCUUGCGCAGGCCUUGUCAAAUUCACUUUCACUCGCAAAACCGAUUGAGUUCAUCCCCACCAACUGGGGGAACUUGACCGCCGAUAUUGCCGCUGGAAAAUUUGAUAUCGCAAUGAGUGGCGUGAGCAUCACGCUGGCUCGCGCGCAACGAGCUUUCUUUUCAACUGCUAUACAGCGUGUGGGAAAAGCGGCCUGUGUGCGCUGCGCAGAUCUGACUAGGUUCUCCUCACUGGCAGCCAUCGACAUGGCCGGUGUCAAGGUCGCUGUCAAUCCCGGGGGUACUAAUGAGGCCUUUGACCGAGCGAACCUGAAGUCAGCCACGAUAGUGUUGGUGCAGGAUAACAAUGCAGUUUAUCAAGCGGUCAUCGAGGGUCAGGCGGAUGCAAUGAUUAGCGACAUUGUAGAAGUUGAACUGCAGGUUCGAUUGCACCCUGAGACGUUGUGCAUUGUCAAUCCGGAUGCGGCCUUUACGUUUGAGGAGCUAGGAUAUAUGAUUGGGCGAGACCCGGUCUGGAAACAGUAUCUGGACACCUUUGUGCAUUUUCAAGUAGGAAGUGGCAAUUGGAACCGCACAUUGGAAAAGUGGAUGUCGUACAAAUGGCCGUCAGUGUAG